AGAGGCAGCUGAAUCGGACACUGAACCUAAACCCACCUUUCCAGGCAAGAUGGCGGAAGCCCACCAGGCGGUCGCCUUCCAGUUCACCGUCACCCCCGAGGGGGUGGAUUUCCGGCUGAGCCGGGAAGCCCUCAAGCACAUCUACCUGUCAGGCCUCCAUUCCUGGAAGAAACGCUUCAUCCGUCUCAAGAACAGCUUCCUGACCGGGGUGUAUCCCGGCUCCCCCUCCGGCUGGCUGGCCAUCACCGCCGUCACCAUGGGCAGCACCUGGGUCCAUGUGGACCUCUCCAGGGGGGCCAUCAGCAGAAUCCAGAGGCACCUGCUCACCAGCUGGAGCUGCUACUUCAACCUCCGCCAGCAGACCCUCCUCAGUGCUCUGCUCUUCUCCACGGGCGUCUGGAUCCUGGGCAUCUGGCUGCGCCGCCAGAUGUUGAAGCUGCUGCUCUCCUACCACGGCUGGAUGUUCGAGCCCCACGGCAAGACCAGCUUCAGCACCAAAGCCUGGGUGGCCCUGGUGAAAGUCAUGUCCGGGCGCCACCCGCUGCUCUACAGCUUCCAGACCUCCUUGCCCAAGCUGCCCGUGCCCCGUGUGGAGGACACCAUCCAGAGGUAUCUGGAGUCUGUGCGGCCGUUGCUGGACAAGGAGGGGUUUGAGCAGAUGGGGCACCUGGCCAGGGACUUCCAGCAGCAGGUGGCGCCCCGGCUCCAGAGGUUCCUAGUCCUCAAGUCCUGGUGGGCCACCAACUACGUGAGCGACUGGUGGGAGGAGUACAUCUACCUGCGGGGGAGGGGCCCCAUCAUGGUCAACAGCAACUACUACAUCAUGGACUUUCUCUACAUCACCCCCACGCCCAUCCAGGCGGCCCGAGCAGGCAACUCCGUGCACGCCAUCCUGAAGUACCGGCGCCAGCUGGACCGGGAAGAGCUGGAGCCCGUGAUGGCACUGGGAGUGGUGCCCCUGUGCUCCUACCAGAUGGAACGGAUAUUCAACACGACCCGCAUCCCUGGCAAAGAGACGGACUCCCUCCUGCACCUGGCGGACAGCAGGCACCUGGCCGUCUUCCACCGGGGCCGCUUCUUCAAAGUCUGGCUCUACCAAGGGGGGAAGCAGCUGCCCCCCCGGGACCUGGAGAUGCAGUUCCAGCGCAUCCUGGACGACCCCUCCCCUCCGCAGCCGGGGGAGCUGAGGCUGGCGGCCCUCACCGCAGGGAGCAGGGUACCCUGGGCCGAGGCCCGUGCCAAGUUCUUCGGGCGGGGCAAGAACCGGGCCUCGCUGGACUGCAUCGACCGAGCCGCCUUCUUCCUGGUGCUGGACGAGGAGGCGCAAGGCUUCAACCCGGAGCGCGAGGAGAGCCUCAGCGAGUACGCCAAGAGCCUCCUGCAUGGGCGCUGCUACGACCGGUGGUUCGACAAGUCCUUCACGCUGGUGGUCUACCCGAACGGGAAGCUGGGGGGCAACGCCGAGCACUCGUGGGCCGACGCUCCCAUCAUGGGGCACCUCUGGGAGUUCAUGCUGGCGACAGACCAGAUGCUCCUGGGUUACUGCAAUGGCGGGCACUGCCAGGGGGUGCCCAACACCGAUCUUCUCCCCCCGCAGCGUUUGGCAUGGGACCUUCCCGAAGAGUGCAUCCGGGCCAUCGAUGCCGCCUACGGGGAGGCCCGGGCGCUGGCCGACGAGGUGGAUUUCUGCUGCUUCUGCUUCAGCGCCUUCGGCAAGGGCCUCAUCAAGAAAUGCCGGACCAGCCCGGACAGCUUCAUCCAGAUCGCCCUGCAGCUGGCCCACUUCCGGGACAGGGGCCACUUCUGCCUGACCUACGAGGCCUCCAUGACGCGGCUCUUCCGGGAGGGACGGACGGAGACGGUGCGCUCCUGCACCGGGGAGGCAGCGGCCUUUGUGCUCAGCAUGAGUGACCCCAACUGCAGCCCCCUGGACCAGCUGAAGCUCUUCAAAGUGGCGGCUGAGAAGCACCAGCAGAUGUACCGCCUGGCCAUGACGGGGGCCGGCAUCGACCGGCAUCUCUUCUGCCUCUACGUGAUGUCCCGCUACCUCGGGGUGAAGUCCCCCUUCCUGGACAAGGUGCUGUCCGAGCCCUGGCGCCUGUCCACCAGCCAGACCCCCCAGCAGCAGAUCAAGAUGUUCAGCCUGGAGGCCCAUCCGGACUUCGUCUCCUCCGGCGGGGGCUUUGGGCCGGUGGCUGACGAUGGCUACGGGGUCUCCUACAUCAUUGCCGGGGAGAACCUGAUCACGUUUCACGUUUCCAGCAAGUUCUCCAGCCCCGAAACGGACUCCAAGCGCUUUGGGACGAACAUCCGCCGGGCCAUGGUGGACAUAGCCGCUCUGAUGGACGUGCAGCCCAGGCAAAAGGCCCGCUGAGCUGGGUGCCCUUUGCCCAGAGCCAGAGGAAGCAGCCGCCGCUUCGGGGAGGCCAUGCCGGAUAUCGUCCAGCCUGGGGCCAGCCGGCCGGCUGCAUCUCCUGCCCUGCGGAGCUGCCCUGCGGGGGCUUCCUGGAUUGGGGGGGGGAGGGCUGGGGGGGGCAGAGCGGUUGCCCUGUGAUGUCACUCAUAAAGGAGGAUCGUUUGGGGGA